AUUGGUCUGCAAAUCUGUUAAUCAGUAAGGCGGACGUAAGGGAAGUGUAAUGUUCAUUCAUUACGGAAAAUAAGUGGUUUUAUGGCAGAGAGAUGAUACAAUGUAUGCGUUUACAAUUAUUCUGAUCGCUUCUGUGCACAGUUAUUGUCCUGCUGGUGGGAAAACGGUAUCGGGAGUGUUUCGAAGCCAUAUAGCUAGGGAAAACAAUGGGCAAUAUAUUACAAGAUUUCUCUACCACGGGGAAAAUGGGUUGAUGUCUUACCGCCUUGAGAACGUGCCCUUGGCAGUGCAUAAAGAGGCCAGACUUCUGCUGUUUCAGGGUAUCGAGGGCUUUGAAAACCUAAGCUGUCUGGGCAGAGUGUCAGGAGCCCAGCUUACCAUAACGCUGAUCACAGAGGAACACAAUCAGACCAUACCACGACAGACCAGACCCCAGGCCUGGCAUGUGAUAUAUGCAGACCGUUACACCUGCCAGGAAGAGAAGCUAGAUGGUGUGCUAGAGGAUGUGGGCUUCCAGCUCACCAUGCUAAACCCAGACUCAGCAGGGAACCCAAUGGACCACUUCAGUGCCGAGGAUGCCGGUUUGCACACCUUUUUCUUCUUGCUGAUUCUGGCCUAUUUUGUGGCCUCCUGUAUCUACAUGCAGCCCCUAUGGCAGGUUUUGUAUAAGGGAGGUCCCAUGCACACGGUGCUGAAGAUCCUGUCAAUGGCUCUGUUCCUGCAAGGUCUGUCUGUGCUCUGGAAUUACAUCCACAUGGCCAAGUAUGCUAGAGAUGGAGUGGGAAUACCUCUAAUGGACAACCUUGCAGAGUUCUGUGACAUGGUGGCUCAAGUGCAGAUGCUAUACAUGCUGGUGAGUUUGUGUAUGGGCUGGACGCUAAGCCGAGGCAGGAAAUCCCAUAGUAAACCACUGCAGUGGGACUCCUCUCCCACAUCCAGUGUUCUUGCUCUUGGAGGAGUUGUUACACAGGGAGCACUGCUGAUCUGGGAGCAGUUUGAGGACACCGAGCACCACAGUUAUCAUGGUCAUCACAGUGUACCUCGUUUACUGCUGAUGGUGUUGCAUGUUAUUCUCACACUGAUACUUGCAUCUGUACUGUACCGGAUUAUCUCUGCGGAGCGAAACAUGCUCAAAAGGGACUUCUACCUCAGUUUUGCCAAGGGUUGUUUCCUGUGGUUUCUGUGUCACCCAGUCCUUGUUCUCCUUUCCAUCCUAUUCAAUGAGCAUCAAAAGGAAAAGGUCGUAACCAUUGGUGUGAUUCUGUGCCAGUCCAUCUCCGUGGUGAUCUUGUAUAGGGUAUUCCUAUCCCGUAGUCUUUACUGGGAAGUGUCAUCUCUUUCCUCUGUGACACUCCCCCUAACAAUGUCCAGAAGCCCGCGGGGACAGUACUGAAGAGCAAUAUUGAUAAUGCACUAUUGACGCCUGUCAAUUAUGGAGAACAGGGCCACUCCAGAAGAAGCACUGUGCUGAUAGAUGGAGCAAGAGGUGUGUAGGGAGCAAAAUCACAUGUAUUAUCAUGUGUACGUGUUACCAUGCACACAUACAUUGUAUCAUAUGCAAUGUUGCAGGCAGAGAUAAGAUACAACUGCUGGACCCUUCUGAAAAUAAACACCUGUACAAUGUAUUGAGAUGGACAGGCAGGACUGAGUUUUCAUUUUAUGUUGAUUAACCAUGUUUCAUCUGUUUAACAGGACAUUGUAGAUAAGCAUAUAGACAUAUGGAAACGUCGUAUUAUUGCUACCCAUAACCUUAUUCAUCAGACAUUCUGUAUUUUAUCUGUGGUUUAAUUGUCUACCUAUUAAGAUUGCAAACUACAGACUGAUGACAACUUAAAUGAAAUAUCAGCAACUCUGUUAUCAGAGAUAUCUUGCCCUGUUACAGGAAAGAGUCACCAGAUAAACUAUACAAAGUUAUUGUGACUGAUCACCUUUAUCCUAUGAUGAAACAUUUUUAAGUUCACGGAUGGGAGUGGUCUCUUCUGGGAAGACAAGAUCACGCAUCCACAGGACACAAAGGCUCACUGAAUGAUUUGAUGAGGAUUCAAAUGAUAUAAGUCAUGUGUUAUGGCCUUCACAGUGACCACACUUCAACCAAAUUAAAGACCUUCAGGAGAUUUUGGAGUGACAUUUUAGACUGCAUUCUCUACCACUAUUAUCAAAACACCAAGGUUAGGAAGAAUAGUGUACAUCCCCCCACUACAGUUCCAGAGACUUGUAGGAAGCUAUAUAAUAAGGAGUAUUGAAGCUGUUGUACACCUUGUAGUGGCCAAGCUUACUAAGACACUUUAUAUUGUUUUUUUCCCCCUUUAAUUUGUUACCCAUCUCUUCAGAUUAUGUCUAAACAUAUAGUUUUAAAGAGCUGGAACAUGGGAUUGGUUCAAGGUGGCACAGUGGUCCCUAGGUAUGAAUGAGUGUGUGCACAGUACUCUACAAUGGGUAGGCAUCCCAUCCAGAUUGUAUUCCAUUCCAUACACAGUGACCCUGACGAGGAUAAGGUGGUUACUUAAGAUGAAUGAAUAGUACUGGUUCACAAGUAUUAUGGAAUCCCACCAUGAAAGAUCUUUCAUGUGAAUCAUUACAACAAUGAUUUACAAUAAAUCUCAGGUCUCUUUAUUGGAUUCUUGACUGUAUAGAGCAAUGUGGUUCACACACUUUUGCACUCAUAAUUAAUAAAGUCACAAGCAUGUUUUUUUUUAAACUAGAAUAAAGAUGCCAAUGUUUGUUUGAAUUACAAAGUACAUUUAAUAGUAUAUGUGGUUUGAUGUUUGUUUUCUCAAGUGCCUGAAAUGACAAUCACUUUGCCAGUGAAAAAGUCUAAUGUUUUUCCUUUGUUUAUGAUGAAUAAAAACAGAGAAUAUAUAUUGA